AUGUUGACUGACGGCUGUAAAUACGCUGUGGGACGAUUAAGACCAUUUUUCAUUGAAGUCUGUCAACCAGAAUUUGAUAGAACACUCUGCGAAAAUUCGACUUUUAUAGAAAACUAUGAAUGUACUGGUACAAAUGUCGACGGCAUUCUAGAAGCUAGAAAGUCGUUCUUUAGCGGUCAUGCUGCCCAUUCAAUGACAGCAGCCGUCUUUCUCUCCAUAUAUUUAUACUACCGGUUGCCCUUAAACAGCUAUCUGAUUGUAGUUCGGCAUGUUAUACAAACAGCAAUUAUUGGAUUAUCAUUGUAUGUCGGCUAUACAAGAAUUAUUGAUAAUAUGCAUCACCGUUCAGACGUGAUUUUUGGAUAUUUUGUUGGUGCUGCAGUAGCAAUUUCAGUGUGGUUCUACAUUGGUGAACGACGGAGUCGAUUUCUGAUUCCUGUUGGUUUUUCUGAAAACUAUCCUUUUAUUGAUGAGUCAUCAUCAUCAUUUGAAGAGAAGAAAAGCAAGAAAACAAGUGUAUCGAGACUUGAACCUGGUGAACUGCGCGUUUUCGGUACCUAA